UUAAAAUAACGAAAUGUGAUUUCAGUCCUAAGCUGGUAAGCGGUCAAAUAAUAAUAAAGCGAAGAAACAUUUACGAUAUGAGAAAAAUACUUUUUGGUACGGUUUGGUUUUGCAUCUCAACGGUUUUAGCUGCCGCCACCGAAAAUGAAUGCGUUUGGCUUGGAGAAUGUGGUAUUGUUGGAGAAUUCCCACAAAACUGUGCUACGGAAGAAGGAUUUCCUGCAGAAAAGUUAACGGAAAAUGAUGCAGUUGAAAUAUUUAAAAAGCGAUGCCCGGAUUUGUAUGAAGAGUCACUAGAAGAUGAUUAUCCUGUUUUGUGUUGCGACGCAAAACAAAUUAGAUCUAUGGAAAAAGGCAUUCAACAAGCUGAGAUGAUUUUUAAGCGGUGUCCGACUUGUAUGUCAAAUUUGAUUUUAGGUAUAUGUGCAAUGACUUGUAGUCGAAGUCAUCGAAAGUUUUUAACCGUGACUAGUUUUGAAGAAACUGGAGAAGAUCAAUAUGCUGCCGAAAUCGAAUACCGGAUAGAUAAAAAUUUUACGGAAAUGGUUUACAAUAGUUGCAAAGAGGUUAUUCAUCCCAUGACCGGGCGACCAGUAAUGGACAUUACAUGCAUUCCAUAUGAUUCCAGAACUUGUAACGCAGAAAGAUUUUAUCAAUUUUUGGGAGAUCCCGAAAUUAAUGAGCAAGUGCCUUUUAAAAUUGAUUAUAAGUAUGUGGACAAUCCGGAAAAUCGUUUUACAGCCAAUACUCUGAAAUGUAGUGAGGCAUAUAAUCAGUCUUACUCAUGUGCUUGUAUGGACUGUAAAGAUUCCUGUCCAAUAACUCAACCACCAAAAAUUGAGGAAGAAUAUUUUAAAGUUGGCGAAUUUAAUGGUAUUAGUUUUAUAGUCGCAGUUGUAUUUGGUGCAUUGGGCACUUUGACUGCAAUAAUAACGUUAAUAAAAAGUUGCGUUAUUAAUAUACCAAGAUUUUGCGGUGGAUUUGAUUUCAUGGAUAUUGCAUUGAAAAACGCUUUUCAGAAAUGGGGUUAUAUGUGUGCGAAAUAUCCCGUUAUAGUGUUAUGUAUAAGUUCGUGGGUGUGUGCGAUAUUGAUUUAUGGAAUGCAGUUUAUGAAAAUUACAACAGAUCCGGUUGAACUGUGGGCAGGUGAAAAUAGCUUGUCAAGAAUUGAGAAAAGAAAUUUUGAUGAAAUGUUUGGCCCUUUCUACAGAACAAACCAAAUAUUUAUAAAACCAAGGACAUAUGAAAAUACGUAUUAUAAUACUUCAGCUGGAGAAUUGGUAAAAUUUGGAGCAGCUUUUCAAAAGGAUUUUCUAAUUGAAGUAUUUACAUUGCAAAAUGCAAUAGCGGAAUUAAAAUCUGAUAACAAUAUUGGUUUAGAAGAAGUUUGUUAUGCUCCUAUGACUUUUCCAGGACAAAAACCAACGUUACAACAUUGCUUAAUCCAAUCCGUAUUCGGAUUUUUUAAAAAUGAUAUUGAAAAAUUUAAAAGAGAGUCGGAGGGAAAUAAUACGGCAUAUUUAAAAACUUUGAGUACUUGUUUAGUUACUCCAAUGGCAGAAGAUUGCUUGGGUCCUUACGGAGGUCCAAUUGAACCAGGCAUUGCAGUGGGCGGGAUGGAUAAGCCUACAUCAAAUUCAAGCGUAGAUUUUCGCACCGCAUCAGCUAUAGUAAUAACGUUUUUAGUUAAAAAUCAUCUAGACAAUCAAAAUCUUCAACGGGCCUUAGAUUGGGAACAAAAAUUUGUCAAUUUUUUGAAAAAUUAUCAAAAUGAAAAUCUUGAUAUUGCAUUUUCAGCAGAACGAUCAAUUCAGGAUGCUAUAAAAGAAUUGUCUGAAAAUGAAACAUCCACAGUAGUUAUUAGUUAUUUAGUAAUGUUCGUUUAUGUUAUGAUUUCAUUGGGUAAACUCAAAUCGUUAAAAAAUUUCUUAAACGAAUCCAAAAUUGUGUUAGCUACGGGGGGAAUUACUAUUGUUCUAGUGUCUGUGCUUUGUAGUUUAGGAUUUUGGGGAUAUUUGGGUGUGACUACCACAAUGUUGGCGAUCGAAGUUAUACCUUUUUUAGUAUUGGCUGUGGGAGUCGACAACAUAUUUAUUAUGGUUCAUGCUUAUAAUCGUUUAGAUAAGAAUCAAUAUCUAAGUAUAGAAGAAGGUGUUGGUCGUGCCGUAGGUAAUGUUGGACCAUCAAUUUUACAAACAGCUAUGUCCGAAUUUUUUUGUUUUGCUAUAGGAACUUUGUCGGAUAUGCCAGCAGUUAACACAUUCGCUAUGUAUGCUGCAGCAGCAAUUUUGAUUGACUUUAUCUUGCAAAUUUCACUUUUUGUUGCAAUCAUGAGUCUAGACCAAAGCCGAUACAAUGAUAAUCGGCUCGAUCUUUUUUGCUGCAUUAAAACUAAAAAAUAUGAAAAGACUUUAGACGGUGAAAUUAGUUUAUUGGAAAAAUUUUUCUCAUUAUAUUAUUCAAAAUUUUUACUUUCCAAGUGGAUGCGGGCGUUAGUUUUAGUUGCUUUUACAUUGUGGACUACAUUUUCAAUAAUGGUGAUUCCUUCAAUUGAACCAGGAUUAGAUCAACAACUAUCUAUGCCACAAAAUUCUCAUGUUGUAAAAUAUUUUGAAUAUAUGGCUGAACUUUUAGCAAUGGGUCCUCCAAUUUAUUGGGUAUUAAGUACGAGUAUAGAGUACGAAAAACGUCCAGUACAAAAUUUAAUUUGUGGUGGCAUUCUUUGUAAUAACAAUUCUAUUUCAAAUCAAUUAUAUAGUGCAGCUCAAUAUCCAGAAAUAACUAAUUUGGCAAGACCUGCUUCAUCAUGGGUUGAUGAUUACAUUGAUUGGUUAAGUGUAGAACAGUGCUGUCGAGUUAAUAAAACAAAUGGGGAAUUUUGCCAUAGAAAUAAACCGAAUUCUGACAGUUGUGAACCAUGUGAAAUUAAGUUUUCUGAUGACAAUGUUCGUCCUACAGAAGAAACUUUUAACAAAUAUUUAAUAUUUUUCUUGUCAGAUAUACCAGAUGCUAAAUGUGCAAAAGCUGGCCGAGCUGCUUAUGCAGAUGCUAUAUCAUAUCAUAUGGACAGAAAUUAUAGUGUUGUUAUUGAUAACACAUAUUUAAUGCAGUUUUCUAUGACAGCGGUUACUUCUAAACAAUUCUAUACUACACUUAAUGAGGCUAGAAAAAUAAGCUCUAAUAUUAAUCAAAUGUUUAAAAAUUCAGGUUAUACUUAUAAAAUAUUCCCAUAUUGUAUUUAUUUUGUAUUUUAUGAACAAUAUUUGACAAUAUGGGACGAUGCAUUGUUUUCAUUAGGCUUGUCACUAUUAGCAAUCUUUUUAGUGACUUUCGUCAUAAGUGGUUUUGAUAUAAUAUCUUCAGUUAUGGUAUUAUUUAUGGUCACCUUAAUUUUGGUCAACAUGAGCGGAAUGAUGUGGUCGUGGAAUAUAACGCUUAAUGCCGUAUCCCUUGUUAAUUUAGUUGUAAGCGUUGGAAUAGGUGUAGAAUUUAUUUCUCAUAUAAUUCGAGCAUAUAAAAAUUCAUCAGGUAGUGCUUUAGAGCGUUCUAAAGAAUCACUGUCAAUAACUGGUAGUAGUGUUCUAUCUGGUAUAACUUUAACUAAAUUUGCUGGAAUAUUCGUACUAGCAUUUUCUAAAUCUCAAAUAUUUCAAAUAUUCUACUUUAGAAUGUAUUUAGGAAUUGUACUAAUAGGUGCAGUACACGGUCUAGUUUUAUUACCAGUAAUUUUAAGUUAUUUUGGUCCAUCUAGUAAAUUUUCAGCAGGCAAUUUAUAAUAUUUAAUUUAUGAAAAGAAAAAAAAUUGUUUUAAGUAUUUAGAUUAAUUUUUGUGUAAACGCGGCUUGUGUACAUAACGUUGUGAGGUGUUACAGUCGUGUUACGUUUUUUUACACAUUUUAUUUAUUUUUAGUUUUUACUAAAUUCAUUAAAUUGUUAAAAAUAUUGUUGCUUAUGAAUAAUAUUAAAAACUAUUGUAAAAUAAUUAGAAAUAU